AUGCAACCUGAGCAGCGCUUGACUAUUCUGGAGGGCAACUGGGCGAUGUUGAAAGACAUCCGCGAACUCGUAGUCGGAAAUCGAGACGACGAAAUGGCUAAGGUGCUGGAAACACUCUUCAAGGAACGAAAAGGAGUCUCAGGACGGUUCUAUUCGCUGCUGAUUGUACAAGCACUCUUGGCGAAAUGUUUUGGUAUCGUAAUACGUCUUGCUACCGCAAUUCAGUUGGCAAAUCUCACAAACAAGGACAGCUGGUGGAGUGGAAUUUAUAACACGACGCCACUACUUAUAACUUCAAUAGUGCACAGCUUCACGUACCACUUUGCCUUCGUGCAGACCUAUAUGAGCUUUUUUGUCUCUUUGUAUCGUAUGACGGUCAUCGCUUUUCCGACGUUUCAUGUUAAGAUAUGGAACUACUGCUUCCCGGGAAGUGUUGCUGUCACAUUACUCACGCCCUUCAUAUCUGUACAUCCGAUGCUUUAUCAUUCCAGUUGGUUCUAUAUAAACAAGGAGACUCAGUGCUUCGAUAUAAGAAGUAAUGCGGCCUAA